AAAACAAUCUAUGUUAACUUUUCUUUAGCUUGCAAACAUUCCAACAUGAACGCAGGGUCAAAUUCCACGACACAUUUUCCUUGUGGCUCUCUGUAUGCUCUGGACUACAGCUCAGUCUGUGACCCACAGGAAAAGGAUAGCCGCUAAUGUAAAAUGUCUCUCCACAAACACACAGCUGCACACUCAGUCCCUCCUCACGCCCUGACUCGGCUGGCACGCGAGUGGCUGGCAGAAGACGUGCCGAACUUUGACCCAGCUGGGGUGUGUGUAGGUUCACAGGAAGUUGAGGGAAGAUUGCUGUGUAAAACACCACACAGCAUCCUGGCAGGGAGUCCCUUUUUUACAGCUGUGUUCACUGAGGUUGGCUGUACUGUGGACUGGAAUUACCAAGAGGGAGCUGAGAUCGGUCCAGAUGCUGUUACACUGACUGCUGUUGUUCGAGGCCCAGCGAGGUGCCUGCUCCUGGGUGAAAGGCCCGCUCUCAACUGCCUGGCCCGGGCCUCGGGGAUCGCCACCCGCUGUGCUCAGCUCCAGGCAAUGGCAAAGGCAAGGCGCUGGCACGGAGAAGUAGCUGGCACAAGAAAGACCACCCCUGGUUUCCGUCUGGUGGAGAAGUACGCCAUGUUGGUCGGCGCGGUGUCCACGCACAGACAGGAUCUGAGUGGAAUGGUGAUGCUGAAGGACAACCACAUCUGGGCGUCAGGGAGUAUCACAGAGGCUGUGAAAGCUGCCCGAUCAGUGUGUGGCUUCAGCAGUAAGAUUGAGGUGGAGUGCUGCUCUACAGAGGAGGGCCGAGAGUCAGCCAGAGCCGGAGCAGACAUUGUUAUGCUGGACAACUUUCAACCUCAGGAGCUCCAUGUUGCAGCUCAUGCACUGAAAAAGGAGUUCCCAGCUCUCCUGAUAGAGGCUAGCGGAGGAGUGACUCCAGACAACUUAGCCAUGUAUUUCUCCCCACAUGUGGAUAUCAUUUCACUGGGCUGCAUUACACAGGGCUGCCCGGUUGUGGACUUCUCACUCAAGGUUCAACCACCUGUUCUCCACUCGAGAGGACGUACAGACAGAACCACCGACUGAAUGUUGUGCAACUUUGUUCUGAUGAAUCGAGGAGGUGUUUUAAUCGUGUUCAUUUAUUUCUCAGAAUAACUGCUGUCAAUUGUUUUAAGAUAGAGAAAUGAUUCACUUCCUGUUUGCUAUCUGUGUCAUAACUCAUUUGAUCGUGAUUUGAAGAUUAGAACCUGGACUCCAAAUGCUUUUCUGCCUCAAGGCAUGAAAAUGUGCAUUGCAAAAAAGGAACAUCACUCACAAGGUUAAAUUGACCAACAGAAAAAAUCAUGUACAGAAUAAAUGGAAAGUACAACUAUUUAUCAAGAAAUCUACAGUAUGGGUUAUAAUGCACAUUGUAAGUGUUCAGUUACUUCAAAGUUCACGUACAUAUAUUUUUUCACUAGUGGUGAAGUGGAUUAGUGGACAUGCAAUUCUUAUUUUCAGAUGAUUAUACACCAGUCCGUUCCACUAGAUGCCGUUCAUUUCUACACACUGCACCUUCAAUUGUCAUGCAAUGAUUCAUGAACCCAAAGGUCUGUACUAGUCUAUAUCACUGCACUGCACUGCGGAGCUAGUUUCCUGAAAACAUGAUAAAAGUGUCCAAAAAUGACUGUUAUCUCUAGUGUCUGUAACUGCAUACAGAGUUCAGUUGCUUCUAUGAGCUUUCUGUAGAUAGUCACCUAAAGCAACAGCACCAACAUGCAGUGGAGAGAGUUUUAGUCAAUUAGCAUAUCAGAAUCUCCAAAUACUUUGUCCCAGCGAUGCAUGGAAGUGUGUAAAGAUACUGGUAUAGGUCAGAAUAGACGUCAACUACAUGACUAGAGGCUUCAAUACUACUGACUCCAACCAGAAUGAGCAGCAAAAGGGACAAAGAAUAUAUUUCUUCUCUUUGAAUACAACAUUUUGCAAUUGCUGGUGUUGUUUUCUCUCCAAAUGAAUUAUUUUCAGAUGGUUGAAGAUGCAUUAGAAAUGAUACCCCUCUACCUUUUGCCAGGUCCUGCAGCUGCUCUUCAAGGACUUCAUGGUUCAGGGCAGGAUAGGAAACUGUCAAGUGAUCAAAAGAGCUGAACGUGACAUUUGAUAGAAAACUCUUAUCUUCUACAACUUUUAUCAGUCGAAGAGACAGAGAACAUUCAGUCAAUAAAUAUUUCUAAUAACAACA